GAGUUUGGUUCAAGAAAGUCAAAAUGGCUGUUGCUGGUGCAAUCGAAGUAGCAGAACUGGCAGCCGAAGCUGCUGCCGAAGCAGCUGCCGAAGCAAUUGCAGAGACAACCGCGGAGGCCGCCGCAGAGGGGGCGGCAGAGGCGGCGGCUGAAGGAGCGGCAGAAAUGGCAGCAGAGGCGGCAGCCGAGACAGCAGCCGAAACGGCAUCCGAGACAGCGGCAGAAACUGCGGCGGAGACGGCCGCCGUUUCGGCGGCCGAAGAAAGUAUAUCUGGAGGGUUAAUUGCCAAGGUCGUUAAAGUCGGUGCGAUUAUUGUGGCCGGUGUAGCGGUCGGAUCUGUUAUUGAUCUGAUUAAGAGUGCGACAGGCGCGGGAAUCAAGAAAUGCGAACUUGACGCAGACACCAGGAGAAGUCUGGAAAAAGUGCAAGAUGCACUCUCUCAAAUGGCAGGCAUGUUCAAAAGAUGGAAUGAAGUGCUGGGUAAACUCGGAAAAGACGUGGAUCUAGGAAGCAUUCAGGUGGAUGUGGAAGGCGAGAAGGAGAGUAUCCACGUCAGUAGUCUGUUUUACGGGGUACUUGACACCAUCAGAAAGGACUUGGGCAAAGCGGAGGCCAUCGCGAAGGAGUGCUCCGAGAGCUGUGCAUGGCAAGCUAACCUACAAGUGUUCACGCUGCCCAUUGUGAAUGCUGUGACUGGCAUGGUCGCCCUCGUGGAUCUGAGAGAUAAGAGCAGUAAACUACAGCAAUACAACAUACCCACUGCUGGUGACAAAACUACUUUGAAGCAAGUUCUAGAUAGCAACUUUCCCAAGUGGAAAGAGUAUAUACAACAGGAAGCAAAAAAGCAUUUGAGUAAAGCGAUGGUGAAGGAGUUGACAGAAAACGCAACUAAAGCAGUGCUCCCCAUCGUCAAGCAACCAAUCCAAACACAAGUUCUGGCUCAAGCCAAAUCUCAAGUCGUUCCUCGCAUCGUGAAUGCGUCUAAGGACGAGGGUAAACGCGCGGCAAAGCGGGUAUUUGACGAUCGGCGCGGUCAUAUCAUGGCUAUCGGUCUGAUUCCAUUCUACGGCUGGGUCAAGUCACAGCAGCUGAUAGCGGAUGCCAAGAGAGACGCCAUCAACAAUGCCAGGGACGCCGCCAGGAAUAAGGCGAAUCAGGAGUUUGGAAGUCCUGCCGUGCAGGAUCACAUGCAUCAAAUCUCAAAAAAUGUUUCGGACUCGGUAUUCGCCCAGCACAAAACACAGGUGGACCAAGCCAUAAAGUCAGCGGUAGACAGCACCAUGGCUCACCACAAGUCUGUGCAUGCGCAGUUCAGUUCGCAUACCUCCAAGACUAUGAUGGCAGCGACAUCACUUCCGAAUUAUCGAUUUGUGUUCUUUUGUACCGGGAAAGGUAUCAAAAUAAAUAAAUGUUAACGGAG